GGGGGCUCUGAUUGGCUGAAGGCCGCCGCUCGCAUGCACGACUUCCGGGACAGAGGGCGGUGGCUGGCGGGAGCACGACUUCCGGCGCGUGGCGCGUAGUAGUUUAAUUCGGCCCCAUGGCUGCCCCGCUGCUUCACACGCGGUUGCCGGGCGAUGGGGCCGCUUCGAGCUCUGCGGUCAAGGCGCUGGGCGCGUCGAGGACUGGGAUUUCAGACAUGCUUGCAUUAGAGGAUAAUUUUUUAAAUUCUCCCCCAAGAAAAACUGUUCGAUUUGGUGGAACUGUGACAGAAGUCUUGCUGAAGUACAAAAAGGGUGAAACAAAUGACUUUGAGUUGUUAAAGAACCAAUUGUCAGAUCCAGACAUAAAGGAUGACCAGAUCAUUAGCUGGCUGCUAGAAUUCCGCUCUUCUAUCAUGAACUUGACAAAAGACUUCGAGCAGCUUAUCAACAUUAUAUUGAGAUUGCCUUGGUUGAAUAGAAGUCCAACAGUGGUGGAAGAAUAUUUGUCUUUUCUUGGUAAUCUCGUAUCAGCACAGACUGUCUUCCUUAGACCAUGUCUAAGAAUGAUUGCUUCCCAUUUUGUACCUCCUCGAGUGAUCAUUAAGGAAGGUGAUGUAGAUGUUUCAGAUUCUGAUGAUGAAGAUGAUAAUCUUCCUGCAAAUUUUGACACAUGUCACAGAGCCUUGCAAAUAAUAGCGAGAUAUGUCCCAUCGACACCAUGGUUUCUUAUGCCAAUACUGGUGGAAAAAUUUCCAUUUGUUCGAAAAUCAGAGAGAACAUUGGAAUGUUAUGUUCAUAACCUCCUAAGGAUUAGUGUAUAUUUUCCAACCUUGAGGCAUGAAAUUCUAGAACUUAUUAUUGAAAAACUACUCAAGUUGGAUGUGAAUGCAUCCCGGCAGGAUAUUGAAGAUGCUGAGGAAACAGCUGCUGAAACUUGUGUUGGGACAGGUUCCACAGAAGGAUUAUUUAACAUGGAUGAAGAUGAAGAAACUGAAAAUGAGACAAAGGCUGAUCCCGAGCAGCUCGAUCAGAUGGUUCAUCCUAUAGCUGAGCGCCUAGACAUCCUGCUGUCUUUGCUGUUGUCCUAUAUUAAAGAUGUCUGCUAUGUAGAUGGUAAAAUUGAUAACAACAAAACAAAGGAUUUAUAUCGUGAUCUGAUAAGCAUCUUUGACAAACUUCUAUUGCCCACCCAUGCCUCCUGCCACGUACAAUUUUUCAUGUUUUACCUCUGCAGCUUUAAGUUGGGAUUCGCAGAAGCAUUUUUGGAACAUCUCUGGAAAAAAUUGCAGGAUCCAAAUAAUCCUGCCAUCAUCAGGCAAGCUGCUGGAAAUUAUAUUGGAAGCUUUUUGGCAAGAGCUAAAUUUAUUCCUCUUAUUACUGUAAAAUCAUGCCUAGAUCUCUUGGCUAACUGGCUGCACAUGUACCUUCAUAACCAGGAUUCAGGAACAAAGGCUUUUUGUGAUGUUGCUCUCCACGGACCAUUUUAUUCUACCUGCCAAGCUGUGUUCUACACUUUUGUUUUUAGACACAAGCAACUUUUAAGUGGAAACCUGAAGGAAGGUUUAAGGUAUCUUCAAAGUCUAAAUUUUGAACGUAUAGUGAUGAGUCAACUAAAUCCUCUGAAGAUUUGCCUGCCCUCAGUGGUUAACUUUUUUGCUGCUAUCACAAAUAAAUACCAACUAGUCUUCUGCUACACUAUCAUUGAAAGGAACAAUCGCCAGAUGCUACCAGUUAUAAGAAGUACGGCUGGAGGGGACUCAGUGCAAACUUGCACAAACCCACUGGACACCUUCUUCCCCUUUGAUCCUUGUGUGCUUAAAAGAUCAAGGAAAUUCAUCGAUCCUAUUUAUCAGAUAUGGGAAGACAUGAGUGCUGAAGAGCUUCAGGAAUUCAAGAAACCCAUUAAGAAGGAAAUUGUGGAGGAUGAAGACGAUGACUUUUUGAAAGGUGAAGUGCCUCAGAACGAUGCUGUGAUUGGGAUUACGCCGAGCUCUCUUGAUGCGCAUUUCCGAAGUCCUUCGAGUAGUAUGGGCUCCCCACCUGUGCUAUACAUGCCAGACCAGUCUCCUCUCCUCUCGAGGACUUGUGACUGAGUUGUGACGUUCUUUCCUAUCCUGCAUCAGGCCCUUCAGCACCCAGUUCGUGCUGUUUGGGCAUUGCCUUGAACUUGAACGAGUGCCUGCCUCGGGUAUCGGACUUUCAAGUUAGACUUAAUCUAGUGUCUGAACAGACUUUUUUUCUCCCUUAGAGUAAAAAGACUGAAUAUCAUGUGCAAUAUUUUACAGUGGGGUUGAUGAUACGUAUUGAGGACUUUACUUCUUUGUUUAUUGUGUACUUUUUUGUGUUACAGCUUUUUGACAUAAUUAUGUAAUUUCUAAUAUAGGCAGCAGCCUGUUUUAACAAGUUGCCUUUUUAAAAUAGGUUUUUGUCAGAGCCAUGGUCACAAGACUUUGUUGCUCUGCUUUCAGUGAAGAAUCCUCUAGGAUAAAUCCUCUGUUUACAGACUAACUGGAAUGGAUUUAUUUUGGCAACAUUGUUUACCUUCUGCUGUAAUGGUGAUUGUGUUGGGAUUUUAGUGGGGUGCAGAGAAAAUAGAAGAAUAGUAGGGGGGGGGUAGCCAGACCUGGUAUGGAAUAGGAAAGUUGGGGCUGGCACUAGAAAAGAUUUCCAGGGACUUCAGAGACUAUGCAAAGCCAGUAGGGGGAGAGAAACAGAAUCAGAUACUGCCACCAUGUGAAAAUGUGUUUAGAGAAGAAUGGAGGUCUGGGUAAUGAACCUCCCAUUGAGUGAACUGAAGUUGGGCUUGGCUUGUGUAACACAUGAUACAUGAUUUCUCCUUCGACUCUCAAGCGUUCUGUGAGAACUGGAGCUGCCCUGUGAGAACUGGAGCUGCCCGUUGGUAGCAGUUAGAUCACGUUACUUUUAACCAGCAUUACUUGGUUACUUUGAGAAUUUCUUUAUUCAACAGGAAAAAAAUAUUUUGGUUAUUUGGUGGCAUGGUUUUGCUAGCAACAGUAGGCCUGCAGUCUCCAUCUGAUGGGUGUGUAUGUCAUGGAUUCAGCUUGAUAAGCUCGUCCACAAACUCUUGGUAUUUUUAUAACUAAACAAUGAGAGGGAAUGUCUAGGAUAACCUCGCUUUAUACCAACUUGUGCAAGCACUGUUAGAGUCAUUUUGAAGCUCAAGCAUAUUUUCGCUUUGUUUCCUAUAUGUUUUAGUUGUUUGUGAAAACGGCUGUCUUUAAAUAUAUUUAUUUUUCUGCCUCUUCUAUUUAUUUAAAGGCAAGCAGUAUUUUCAUGAUCAUAAAUAUUUUAUAAUGAAAUACUUCCUCUUUCCUAGGGCUUUGUAUGUUCUUAUAUAAUUACAUUGAUGGCAUGUUCUUGUAUAAUUACAUUGAGUGUGGAGUUUGAAUUUCAGUCUAUAAAUACUUCUUUGGAAAAUAUAAAUUUUUAUUACUUCAAAGGUUUUGGAAAGUCAUGUGAGAACUUUAAGGUUUUCUUUUUUUUAACUACUGACAAAAGUGGAUUUUUGUAUAUUGGAUAAAAUGAGUAAGUGAAAUUGUACCCACAAAAAUUAACCAUAAGUGGGGUCUUUGUGGUUGGGAAGAAGUUUUAAUGUAGAAGAAUGUAUUUACAAAUAAGUCUGUUCAAUUAAUAGAGGAGUUUGAGCAAAAUAAUCCAUUGUGAAAAUAAAACACUGACAUGGUUAGCCUGAAAUUUGCAUUCUUAUGCUAAUAAAGGGAGGUACCCCAAUGAAAGGACUUCUCACAUAAA